AUGGAUGGAGAGAAUCAUUCUAUAGUAUCUCAGUUUGUUUUCCUUGGACUCUCUGAUUCAUGGGAGAUUCAAUGUCUCCUCUUUGUGUCUUCUUCUGUACUCUAUGUGGUGAGCAUUCUGGGAAACAUGCUCAUUCUGCUCACUGUGACCUUUGAUUCUCAUUUACAUUCCCCCAUGUAUAUCCUUCUGGCCAACCUCUCCUUGAUAGACUUAGGUUUUGGUUCAGUCACAGCCCCUAAAAUGAUUUGUGAUCUCUUCAGGAAGCGUAAAUUAAUUUCUUUUGGGGGUUGCAUUGCUCAGAUCUUUCUUAUUCAUGCUUUUGGUGGCACUGAGAUGGUGUUGCUUAUAGCCAUGGCCUUUGACAGGUAUGUGGCCAUAUGUAAACCCCUCCACUAUUUGACCAUUAUGAACUCAAGAAUGUGCAUUUUCCUUUUGAUUGUUGCCUGGAUCAUUGGCCUCAUCCACUCAUUGGUCCAACUGGCUUUUGUUGUGAACUUACCUUUUUGUGGUCCUAAUGAAUUAGACAGCUUUUUCUGUGAUCUUCCCCGAUUCAUCAAACUAGCCUGCACUGAGACUUAUAGAUUGCAAUUCAUGGUCACUGCCAACAGUGGGUUCAUUUCUCUUGGAUCUUUCUGUGUACUGAUUAUUUCCUACAUUUUCAUACUGGUCACUGUUCAAAAACGUUCUUCAGGUGCUUCUUCCAAGGCUCUUUCUACUCUGGCAGCUCAUAUCACUGUAGUGGUUUUAUUCUUUGGUCCAUUAAUAUUUUUCUACACAUGGCCAUUUCCUACAUCAAGCCUAGACAAGUUUCUUGCUAUCUUUGAUGCAGUUCUUACUCCAUUUCUGAACCCAGUUAUCUACACAUUCAGGAACAAAGAGAUGAAGUUGGCAAUGGGAAGAGUAUGUAGCCAGAUUUUGAAGAAACUUGUUUGA